AUGACGCCAAAGGACCUAUCACCGACAAUCCCAAGCUUCCAUGACUUCGAAUCGCUUAGCAUCAAGCGGUUUAGCUACACAGAGGAUAAUGCCCCCUUCAGUUGCAUUAGCUUCUCGCGUUUCCCUUGCUUGAAAGAGUUGAUCCUAAUCAACUUGAACAUCCAGAUAAUCCCAGAAGACAUUGGUCUACUGCACUCACUAGAGAAACUAGACCUCAGCGGAAACGAUUUCGUCAAUUUACCAACAUCAAUGAAGAACCUUUCUAAGCUGAAACACGCCAGGCUCUCCAACUGCGUCAGACUCGAGGCGUUACCGGAGCUGGCAGAGCUGCAGAGUCUCAAUCUCUCUGGCUGUUCCAGCCUCAAAUCACUACUGGAACCUCCACAAUCGGUUCAAGAAGUAACCACAUACAGUUUGCUGGAGCUUGAGAUAGACAACUGCACGGAAGUUAAAUCAUUUUCACAUCAGCUUAGUCAUUUCACUAGAUUAAAAUAUCUAAACCUCAGCAGCAACGACUUUGAGUCAAUCCCUGAAAGCAUCACAGAGCUUACAUCUCUGGGAACACUCCACCUCAACAACUGCAAGAAACUCAAAUCAGUGGAAGAUCUCCCACAGAGCGUCGAGCAUCUAUAUGCACACGGAUGCGAUUCCCUGGAGAAUGUCACUCUUUCCCCAAAUCAUUCAAUCAAACACCUCGAUCUUAGCCAUUGCUUCAGUCUGCAACAAGAUGAGCAACUCAUUACUCAGUUUCUAACCGAAGAGGUAAGCUCCGUGCAACGAUCUAUAUGCUUACCGGGAGCUAGAAUCCCCAGAUAUUUUGAGAAUCAAUCAUCAGGAAGAUCUACGACGAUCAGCCUAUCACCGAUUAGGUUUAAGCUUGCAGCUCUAGGUUUCGCUGCAUGUAUCAUGGUUUCUUGCGAGAGGUCCGUCUAUCUCCAAUUUCCGGCGUUUAGUUACGAUUGGAGCUACGAAAAAGAUGAUGAAGUGAUUCGGAUAAACCUGAGACCAAAUCUCUAUGAAUCGGAGAUUGAGGAAGAAGAGACGAUGGCAUCGCAUCACCUGGUUGUCAUCCACGUCGCGAGUUGCGUAAAAAACGAGAGGAUUGAAGAGUUGCGACUCGAGUCCCAUCUUCAGUUUCCAGGCGAGUUUCGGUUUCCACCCGCCGAUAUAAGAGCUUGUGGAAUUCGAAUGAUUUACGAAGACUGA